AUGGAAUGCCUAGACAAAGUGGCAAUGAAUGCCCUGCAGCCACCCAAGUUCAGGAGUGAAAGAUCAUUACCCUCUUAGAUGAAGACAUUGCUAUUCUUUAGUCUGAUGAUCAUGGUUCCUAUCAGGUUAUGUUUCACAAUUAAGACGUAUAUAUUGGAAGGUACCUUGUGCAUGUCUGAUCAGUACAGCUAUUUUUAUGCUGUGAUUGUGGCGGUGGUUGGCAUCCAUGUGGUGUUGGCCCUCUUUGUAGGUAGAAGAAAAGAAGGCUCACACCAGUGGUAUGAAGGCAAACAGGAUUAA